AAUUCGCUUUUCGGAACAUAUUGCAGACACAGAGAGUCUAGCAGAAGCAAGUGAAUAAACAUGCCACAUCGGACGCGACCCAUGGCAGCAUUGCUGGUGUUCACAGGACUCAAUGUGGUCUUGGUUUCAACCAUUACCCCUGUCUAUGAUUUCGUGUGCUUCCACCCUUAUUGGGAAAGAAGGAGAGAACAACGGCGUCAAGAACGUGAAGCUCGUGCAGGAUCUGGUUCCAGCUAGUUCAGACAUUGCUGAGGAUAAAUGAUGGUUUGACACACUCUCUAAGUUGUAAAGCAAAAGUACGGAAUUGGAGUUAAAGCGAGAUCAGAUGGUCUUAGUUUCACUCUCUGAUUUGAAUCCAGCCUCCAUUGGUGGGCUAGUUUGUUCUUCAAGGUUCUCUAGGGUAACCAGGAUUUGAGCAUGGAAGCAAUGUCUUCAUCACAAUGUAUAUGCUCUUCUAUAGGCUUUGUACAAGUGUCAGCUUCUAAGUCUAUCAGAAAAGGAGAUUGUUACUUCAGGAAUAGGCAACGAUCCAGUUCACACACCAAAUACAUAUUUUUUAAUAUAAUUACGAUCCUCC